GUGGCGUAUGUGGAACACCCGUGCUCGCUUGUAAAAAGUACUGCACGUGGAAACGGAGACAGAUCUUGUUUUCUCAGCAGUGCCGUGCUUUUUUUGUGUAAUUAGCUGAAGAUAUCCUACAACAAAAUCCCAUGGGAGUUCUCAAGGAAACCGGUCUCUCGGCAAGCGCCGCCGAAGCGAUCCAGUCUGGUGACAGGACUGCUAACCAAGAAGAUGCUGCCGCGCUGCAGCACAAGGCAGCCACGGCACCGGACCAAACAUUAGGUGACGCAAACCUUCCACCAACUCCAACGAAGAAGCAAGCUCUGAUGCUGGAGUUGAUGAACUCGGUGCUGCAGUUAAAAACAGUUGCGCAACUCGAAGAAGCUAAAACUACUAUUGAGAGGAUACGAAAGAACGAAACAUCCGAUGCAGUGUUGAAAAUCGAGCUGUUAGAACACUUACGGGAAAGCUGCUAUGUUUAUGGAUAGAACCUUGUUCAAGUCAAAUAUAUCACUCCACCCAGAAUUAUAAGCCUUUUCCUUCUAAUCGCGAAAAAUCGGUAGUAGCAGUAUCGAAGGUUGCGGUGUCAUCGCUAUACGAGAUAUACCUGAAGGCGUUGACCCGUUUCACGUCUGUAACGCCGACAUCCUUGGCCCUCGUGGCGACGAACGGUCAGUCACGGUGCGAGAGUCGGAACUGGACGGCGUGGCAGAUGUUGUGAAGGAUCUGGUGAAGGGGUUUUUCGCGCCGUUGACGGAUGACGAAGUGGACGGGGGGAAGGAUGGUAUGCACUUACAUUCGUCGCCAAAUACAAAACUAUCGGCGUAUACUUAGUUGAUUAUGACUGCACGUGGGAACGGCGUCGUGGGAAUGUUCUACUAGUUGUUAAAUGCUUGCAGAAGUUCUGCUUUGUAGUGAACCUCUCUCUGGCCACCCAAAAAAAGAGUAGCCCCUAUACCUCCAGAAUUAUAGGUAAAUAAUCAGUCAAACAGUCAAUCAAUCAAUGCGGAGGCAUGGGAAAAAAUGCAAAUGGGGAGCGAAAGAAAAAAGAAGAAACAUUAAACUCUUCAACAUCGACCUCAUGCCAGGCACGUCAGUCAGUCAAUCAAUCAAUCAAUCAAUCAACAGGUUCCAGCAAGUGUCCGCCGUCCGACGGACCUCAAGAACUCGAAUACGGCAUAAACGCUACUGGUUUGAACACGCUUAGUGUUGGUUGGUAUUUGAAUCAUUCAGAUGAAGCAAACCUCGAGUUUGAAGAAGCGGUGGAAGCUGGCGCGUUUUGUACAUACAAAACACGGAGGAAAAUUUUGGCCGGAGAAGAACUUUUCAUUGACUACAGAGAUCUUGGACCGGAUUACUAUAAGAUGGUGAUGGGAAAGUAGUGGGAAUACAGCCUAGUAGAUGUAAGUAGGUGUCGCUGAGCAUGACUGGGAGUAGUCAGUCGCAUGUACAGGAAACACGAGAUUCAGCAGCAGCAUUCUGUAAGCAGACAUCAGUACUACAGCGAUUGGUUAUAGAUGUUGUACACAGGUAUCGAUUUGAGAAGAUUGGCAUCGCUGCUUAAGAAAUUCAGGACUGUUUAGGAAAUCAAGAACUGGGUGAGGGAGGAUCUGAAUCAGCUUUACUGUGCUGCUGCCGUGUCCUUCAAAACGCAUCUCGGCAUGUUGCGAUUGUGUGUGAACAGC